AUGGGAACUCGUGCUGAUUCACGUUAUGUGAAUCCUCGAUUAACAGCUGAUCCCCGGAUGUACUCUCCAGUUCAUGGACGUGGUUAUGCGCAAGAUGAUUACUAUACGCAAUCAUCGGAAAGCACGUUGACCAGUUCGAAGGAGGAUAACUGUUUGCCAUGGUUGAAAUACGGAAUUUUUGCUGCCAAUAUUGUGUUUAUGGUUGUCGGUAGUCUCUUAUUGGCGAUGGGAGUAUGGCUGCGUACUGACAGUAGAUUUAGGGAUUUUCUCAGUGAGAGAUAUCGUCAAGCAGUGGAAGAGGCAUUUUGGGAAGCGCCUACGCUCUAUGCUUUUUCUUAUAUCAUUAUUGUGCUUGGAUGCUGCAUGAUUGUUGUCGCCUUUUUCGGUUGUUGUGGUGUAAAUGCGGAGAGCCGUUUAGUGCUAAUCAUAUAUUCUAUGGCAGUUUUUCUUCUACUAGUUGCAACCCUCAGCUGUGGAAUAUACCUUUUUUACAAGAAAGAUGGGAUUGAUGUUGAGUUAUCAGAUGCCUUGAAUUACAUGGUUCAACACUAUUAUCAAGGUGCAGGGAUUGUUCAAGAAUCUCUCGAUCAUCUUCAGACUACUUUUCGCUGUUGUGGGAACGCCGGUUGUUCGGAUUUUCGCGCAUUCCGUCAGGACCCACCUCGUUCAUGUGAUAUUAGGUGUGAUGGCUGUCAUUACAGGAUAUGGGUUGCUCUCAGUAUAGGUUUCUCAAUCACUUUGGUGGUUUUCUUUGCCGUUGUUAUCUGUCAGGUGCUGGCUCUCGUUUUUGCCCUGUACAUUGUAUUCACCCAGCCCACUCGAGUUCGCCUGGUGUAUGUGGAUCAUACAAAACCGGAGCCAACUUUGACUCGUGAAACAUUACAGCGUCAUAACUUGCCAUACGAUUUGCGCAAAGAUCGGCGUAGAAAAUACUAUUAG